AUGUAUAGUGACGACGACGAGGAGUUUACUCUCUCGAGUUUCUCGAAGCGAAAGAAUGUUACACCGGUCUCUUCUGUUCUCAAGGAAGUUAUCCAGAAGUGUGAAAGACAAAAGCCCAAGCAAAUAAACAUAAUGUCACUCUCUGUCCAGCACCAAGGAAACCACCGUAGGCUCUAUGAACUCUUUAAUCUUUUAACAUAUUUCGGUGUCACGAUCAAUAAUGGAAGAGGGAAGUUAUCUUGGUUUGGAUUCUCCUCAUUAUUGAACCAUAUUGAGAACACGUAUCUUCAACUGGAGUCCAAAUCGAACAGUGCAACUAUCCAAAAUAUUUUCCAGCUCGAAACUUCUCCCCAUCUCGGUCAAAUCGCUGAAUAUUUCAUGAUUUUGUACCCAUUCUUGAACGUUAAUUUGCUCAACAUAAAGAGUGUCUCAACCCUAUUCUCAUAUGGUGUUCCGGAUAAGAAACAAAUUGAAAGAAGGAUGUAUCUCGCAUUAAGUUUAUUGGAAACAAUAGGCUGUAUCAAACACAAACCACGCAGCGGACAAUACAAACUUGUUUUAGAUGUUUCCGGCAUGGUUUUGAAAGCCAAAGCCUCAAGAGACGGUGCCUAUUGUUCACACAUGCUCUCAAUCGAUUACUUAUUGAAUCAUCCAUCAAAAUCAGCAAUUAAUGAUAUUUAUGCACAAAGACAGUUUGAAUUCGAGCGUCUGACAAAAGUCUGA